ACAACGAAGACUGACAAUGCAGUAUGCGGAAUUCUGUUGAUUAAUCAUUCCGGAGAUGCGGCAAUAACUUUAUUCGGCGUACAGAAACACACUGCAACUCCAGGAAACCGCACUGCAAAGUUUCUUGCCGGCAAAACACCCCAUCUGCUUCUAGCAGUUUAUUUACGCCGUCACCAUGGAACUACUGCGAGAACAAUUUGAUCGCUUGACAGAAAUGCUGCGACACCGUCUGAAAUCCUGCGAUUGUUCCUGUGACAAAGUGAAAACGUCCUGCAUACUGACAGCGGCGGCAAUCGUGCCGGCAUGGACACUUCUAGCGCUGCGUUUCGGAUUGUUCUGCAGUUUGUUCUCUAACAUUUCCUUGGGCAUACUUUUCUUCAUCGGCGUCGACUUCCUGUUGAACUAUGAAAAAGACUUCCCGUUUCUGGUGGCUUGCAAGAAAUAUGCACUCUACCGCUUAUUUUAUUUUGGCGGCUAUUUCAUCCGCGCCAAGCUGAACCAGGCCACUCGGGACAUCGGCAAACUGCAGUCAAGCGAGCUGCGUUCCAUCCUCAAAUACAACAAUGACACCGCGUACUUCAAGGAUGCCGGUCUGGAGAAAGUACGAACCCGGGAAGAUUACGUCCGCGUGCACCCUCUGGUCAAAUACGACCACUUCCGCUCAUACUUUGACCGGAUGCUCAACAACGGCGAGGAAAAGGUCAUGACGUCCGAUCCGCCGCGUUAUUACGGCGAAACGUCCGGAACGACCGGGAAACCCAGUCGUAUUCCCGUCGUUCAGUAUCAGCGGAAGGAGUUCUUUAAACUAACCGCAUUCUUCCUCAACGCCAUCGGCGAUGAUGUACCUGGCUCAAGGAAAGUUAGAAAGACGAUGAAGCUGUACUACAACGUGCCGCGCCUACUGGAACGAUCAGCCAACGGCACCCGCAUCGGGCCGCUGAGCGCCGCCUUCCAGGGACUGGAAUCACCGGAAACUUUCACGACGCCGCCGGCUGGCUACGACAUCCCGCACGAGGAAUCCACGCGCUACAUCCAUCUGCUCUUCGGACUGCGCUACCGGCGCCUGAAGCGCAUCGAGACCAUCUUCGUGUCGCUGGCGUACUUUGCCUUCAUGGAACUGGAAGCGGAAUGGAAGAGUUUAGUGCGAGAUAUCCGCUACGGUACACUGAAAGAGGAUCUGCAGAUCACACCGGAAACCAGGAGGGCGCUGCUGCUGGCAUUGAUGCCGGACCCGGAGCGGGCGGACGAGCUGGAAGUGGAGUUCAAUAAAGGAAUGAAAAAUAUUGCGAAACGGAUUUGGCCCGAACUGGCCGUCAUCGACUGCGUUGCCGCUGGACCAUUUGUGCAUUAUGCCGAAGCACUGCGUCAACAUUACACUGGCGAUAUUCUCAUAUAUAGCCCAUUUUAUGGCGCAAGUGAGGGCCUUUUUGGAAUUAAUUUGUGGCCAUUCCGCGAGCCAAUCAACUACCUCCUGUGGCCGUGUGGAAUAUUUUACGAAUUCAUCCCCUUGGAACAUGUCACCGAUGCCAAUCCCCCAACGGUUUUCAUGGACCAAGUGAAAAAAGGGGAAAUGUACGAAAUGGUGCUGACCACUCCCACUGGUUUAUAUCGGUAUCGUUUGGGAGAUAUCGUUAAAAUUGCGGAUUUCUACAACCAGUGCCCGGUGAUCGAGUUCCAGUACCGGUCGGGUCAGCUUCUUAACAUCAAAGCCGAAAAAGUAUCGGAAGUGGUCAUGUUGGACGCCAUCAAAGAGGUCAUCGGCGCACAGCAGGGCAGCGGCAUUAAUCGCGUUGUGGACUUUACGGCGUGCGAGAGUUUGGCCAGGGAUAAUGCCAAUAUUCCUGAUGCGGUGCAAAAAUCAUCCACUCCAUGCUACGUCGUAUUUUUGGAAGUGAACGUAAACGGCGGUACCGAUCUUCCGGCACUGGAGCACGAUUUCACAGUGAAGCUGGACGAAACUUUGAUGAAAAAUCACAGCGACUACUCGUUAUACCGCAAGAAGAACGCUAUUGACCACUUGGAGCUGCACUUUGUCAAACCCGGCGCAUUCCAACGGCUGCGUAAUUAUAUGCUGGAUACAACCACCACAUCGCCAUCGCAGCUGAAGAUCCCACGCGUGUUGCGCAAGACAGAAUUAGUGCGGUUUAUGUGGAAUGAGAGAAUUCAGGCCGGCCAGAGUGACCUUUCGAGCGGUGAAACAGUCGUACGUGAUCAGGAGGAACUCGACGGUACAACAGUUGUCCGCGAGGAAGGCGACAGCACAACCGUCGUACGCGACGACGUGCAUGAAACUUCAGAUGCAUAAAACUCUGCGAAAAGUCAUCGUGAAGGCGGUUUUUGAUUCCACCACUCCAUUUACUUCAUCAAUUCAUCAAGAACCAGUUCUGAUGCUCAUAAAAAUGGUUUCUUGAGAUAUCGGUCACACAGUGAAGUUCUAAUUUAACUCUAAAAUGUGGCAACACGAUGUUGUAUUAUGAAUUUGGGCUUUUCGGUUUAUUAUUGUCUUUCUUAAAUACAAAUAAAAAUCGCAGCGCAUACAAA